AUGCCGUCUCGCUACGCAAUCGCCGAGGAUGCGCCGUUUGACAUCAUCUCGAGGUGGGAGGCAGUGAAAAAUUCAUCGGGAAGGCGAACCGGCACCGCUUCGAUUUCACCGGCACCACUCGAGCGCGCGACGGUCAUCGUCGCCCACGCGUUUUUAAGAGUCUGCGCUCUCACGUCGACCAUAUUUUGCGCCUUUGGUGCGCGAAGACUCGUGAGCCGCGGGGAGCUCGGUUGGUUUCUUUCCUCAUUUGCGGCGCGAGCGGGUGUGGAGCUCGUAGGAGGAAUCGCUCGAGCAAGAACGGCAGAGUUGUUCGAGCGAGCGAUAUACGGCACAGUUGCGUUUGACACGAUGGUUCCAGUGAGCCCAGAUCACGUCUUCAAAGAGUGGCGAGUAUUCGCCCGAGGCUGCGCUGCGGCUGCGUGCGGUUCAAUGUGGCAACACGUGUUCGAGGCUGUCACGUACGGCGGCCUCGUUGCGGCUGGCGUGAUACACUCCGUGUUGGUGCGCUACGUCGAUGAGGCAGACGCGUUUUCGUCACUGAUUCUCGGCGUCGCAUGCGUACGCUCGAUUGUCCUCGCGCUGAACACUUACGGGGAUACAAGAAGAAGACUUGAUUGGUUGAGCUCGAUGGCGCCGCGGAUGGAGAAGAACUCAAAGUCGCCAGUAGCGAUUUCAGCUCUCAUAAAUCACACAGGCGAAUUAGUGGCGAUCGUUGGCGACGGUAACGACGCCCUGUUUGAUCGUGUCGUACGGGGAGUUCGAGACGACCGCGAUGUCGGAGUUCUGUUAUCGCGCACGGUCGAGUGGACUGUUCCGGAACCCGUGGACAAGCGCGUGAACGCCAGUGCGUUGGGUGCCGCCUCAUCUCAUGUUGAUGACUUCCACCGUACACGUCUAUGCGAGACGCUCGAAGGUGCGCUUUGCUGUUCUAGUCGUUUUGUUGAGUAUGCCACGAGUGGAGAAUCGAGUCGCACUGUGGACGACUCCGCGUCAAGUGCUUUGGAGACGACGUACGCGUGUGCGAUAGGAAUCGAGCGCGCUCGUCGCCUGCACGCGCGCACAAUCUUAGUGGAAGAUCCAUUUCACGAAGCUACUAGUGCGAGCAUUCGUCGUCGGCUGAUUAAAAAUAAGCUCGCAAAUCGUCGUCGGUCGUGUGUCUUCACCACGUGUGAGAUCGGCGUACUUCCCGCGUGCGACCGGAUCGUCCUCUGCGAAGGCGACGACGUCGUAUUCAUAGGAGACUGGGUUUCAAUGAUCCGUGAUUGCGACGCGCACUCCUUACAUCGAGCGUUCAUGCGAAUCAAUCAUCGAGGAAAUCGCGUGAGGAAAUCGCGCGUUCGAUGUCCUUCGCUCUGUGAGAUGAAAGCCACAGUGAACAUCCUCUGGAAGCUGGAUGAUUUAUCGCGGAAACUUGGCGUCAUCGCUUCGGUUAGCGUCGCACCCGCGUUAGCGAUCUCUGCAUUUGAGCGAUGGAUCAACGGAAAGAGAACCGAUGCAUCCAACAAUGUCAUUGCGUUGUACGCCGCGAUUGGUGCGCUCAUGAUUUCAGUCGCCGUGAAUCAAGCUCUCAAGAGAUCGUAUGGAAAUUUCCCCCAAGCUCGAGCCUUGGCGCGCGUGCUAUUUUUAGCAUUCGCAGCGUGUCUGCUCAUGCCCGAUUCGUCGGGCUCCGUUCUCGCUUUCAGCGCCCCAAUCAUCAUCGUAUGGAGCUCAGAAUUGAUUUUUGGCUGGCGCGCGGCGCACACCGAAGUUUUCAAUGCGCACGUUCGAUUAUCGCACUUCGCCGCACGCGUUUCAGAGGGCGCGGAGCAAAUAUUCGUAACAAGAUGUGAGGAACUAUACUAUGAGGUUCUCACGCAUUUACUCGCAAAGCUACGAUUGUUGGAGCGUAGACGAGCGUCUGCGGAGACGCUGCGACAACUCUGGUGCUUCAUACUUGUCUUCCUCACCGUCGCUCUCGGGUUGUGGGCGCUCGGUGACGACGAACCAUCGCGACGUGGAGUACUUGCGUUCCUCGGCGUGCACGCAUUGGAUGUUUGCGUCGAAUUCCCUUCGUCAAGAAUCGCUCCGUCAUCACAGCCUUCGCACGAACAGCGCGGAACGCAAACCGUCGACGAGAGCGUCAGCCAUCUCAGACGGACUUCUUCGUCUUACCUCUGA